UUGAGCACCACUGGCCCACACCAGCUGGUCCCCUUUAUUCCGCCUUCCCCUGCCUUCGACCUGACUAUGGAUGCAGGCUGGAGGCUGCGCUGCCUAACCUCGGGCAAGCCUCUCAGAGCCUCUGUUUCCCCUACGUAACAUGGGGAGCCCGGCGGGCCCGCUGCGAGGCUGCCAGGAGGCCUCGCGCGUCAGCCGCCGGACGCACCUUAGGCGCCCAGGAAGCGCCGGCCCCACCUGGCCGCCCGAGUCACGCCCCUCUCGGCCGGCCCGGGCUGCCUACCUUCGCAGAUCUCCUCCCACAGGUUCUUGCCGGGCAGCUCCGCAACCUGUCCCGGCGAGACGCGCAGAUCCAGGGACACGGGAGACACGACGGGCCCUGGCGUCCUGGCGGUGAUGCACGACUCAGUUGAAAGCGCCCGUUCCAAGCGCUGAGAGACACCGCUCACCUGUCCCGGAGCCGCCAUGGCUGCAGUUUCCACGGCAACCGCGCUCCCCGCUAGGCCUCGACCCGGAAGUAAACACAUCUUGCGGGGGGGGGCAGCGAGUCGAGAUUGACUUCCGGGUCACGGCGGAGUGGGCUCUCACGUGGAGGCGGGGAAGUUUGGCCUUCGGGAAUGAUCACUAAGACUCACAAAGGAGACCUGGGCCUUGGGCUCCCAGAGAAAAAGAAGAAGAAGAAGAAGAAGGUAGUUAAAGAACCAGAGACUCAAUACUCGGUUUUAAACAGUGACAGUUAUUUUGCGGAGGUUUGUCCCACAAGAGCCACAUCACCCUCGAAGAAUGUGGUCCAAGAGCAGGCACCCGAAAUGCCUCUAAUGAAGAAAAAGAAGAAGAAGAAGGGUCACGGCACCGUCUGCGAGGAGCCCCUAGAACCUGAGACCAUGUUACGUGCCAGACGGAUUGAGCCAUCUCCCAGCCCCAGGAAGCAGGCACUUGGUCCAUCUGAGUCCCUUGGUAGGGAAAAGAAGAAGAAGAGAAAGUCCGUGUCCCCUGGCUCAAGGGUGAAGACCUCCCCAGACCCCAGGCAGGGCGAGGAGGUGACCAGAGUUGGCAAGAAGCUCAGAAAACACAAGAAGGAGAAGAAGGCGCAGGGAGCUACAGCCUUCUCAGCCAGGGACCCUUGGUUCUGUGAGGCCGGGGACGCUUUGUACACUUGCUCAGCUGGGAAAGGUGGCGUCCCUGAGCAGGCAGCCUCGGGACAGAAACGGAAGCAGGGGAGCCCCAGGGAGCACAACGUGAAGAUGAAGAAGAAAAAGAAAACCCAUCAGGAGGGAGAUACCCCCCUGGGGCACCCUGAGCUCUCCAGGUCUGUGGAGAGCAGCCGUAGGAAAGGAAGUAAAAAGAAGUCAGUCAAAGUUGAAGCUCCGGAUUACAUCCCAAUAGGAGAUGACCCCAAGGCCCCUGUGAAGAAGAAAAUGAAGUCCAAGAAGAAGGCAGAGCAGACAGACACUGAGGAGCCCGCUCUGAAGAGGAAGAAGAAGAGGCAGGAGAGCAGAGCAGCAGGAGAACCUUGGGAGGAGGAGCCAGACACGGACUUGGAGGUGGUGUUAGAAAAGAAGGGCAACAUGGACGAGGCGCACAUAGACCAGGUGAGGCGAAAGGCCUUGCAAGAAGAGAUCGAUCGUGAGUCGGGCAGGACGGAAGCUUCUGACACCAGGAAGCAGACGGGAACUCAGUUUGGCCAAUGGGAUACUGCUGGCUUUGAAAAUGAGGAACAGAAACUGAAAUUUCUCAAACUCAUGGGUGGCUUUAAAAAUCUGUCCCCUUCAUUCAGUCGCCCCCCUAACACGGUCGGCAGGCCCAACAUGGCCCUCAGCAAGAAGGUGGCCGACACCCUGCAGCAGAAUCUGCAGCAGGACUACGACCGGGCCAUGAGCUGGAAGUACAGCCGGAGGGCGGGCCUCGGCUUCUCCACGGCUCCGGACAGAAUCUUUUAUAUUGACAGGAAUGCAUCCAAGUCAGUCAAGUUUGAAGAUUAAACUCUCCUGUCUUGUCCCCAAAACGGUUCUUUUACGCAGAUGAAAGCCAUAGGACAGUUGUCUCCAAUCGAACUCCUGCAGAGAUAAAGGACAAGUAUGUUGAUGUGCUUGGACAAACUGGGGUGAGGGCAGCUCGUUUCAGGAACCAGGAGAACAUGGGAGUGGCUGAAACCUGUUUUCUGUGUGAAGCUUCCGUCCCUGUUGAAGACAGUGAGUAUCAACAGCAGUAGCUCACACUUGUCUAGUGCUUACUGUGUGCCAGGCACAUAUGUGUCUCCCUUGCAUUAAUGUAUUUAAUCUUCAUGAUUCUGAAACAGGUGCUAUUAUUAUCCCCAUCUUAUAGAUGAGGAAACAAGUUCAGGAAUGAAGUAAUAACAUUGCUUGGGGUCACCCAACCAGUAAGUGCCAAGUGUACUUUUGUGCCCCAAGACCGAUGUCACUGUUCACCACACUGAAUGUCCCCUCUAGGGAAUUUCACCCAGAAUACUCAUUGAGGAUUAAAAUGUCUCCAUUGAGGAAACAGAAGCUUUUUACAUGCCUAAAUCUCAAACAGGAAGCAGGAUUAAUGUAAACAGGAGAAGCAAGCUCAUUUUCCCUCCCCCUUCUCAGAGUAGCCACAGGCAAAGAGGCGUUUGGAUGCCACCAGGCAGAUGGGGCUGAGCUUCCUCUGCUGCUGGGAAGUGUGCUUCUAAACCCAUCUUGCCUUUUGCGUCUCCUUCCAUCCCCAGUGCCAAGCUUGCAUUUCACCUUUCUGCUUUAACUGCAUUCUGAACAGGCGCUUUAGAGAGCAGGUGGUUAGUCCUCCACGUGAGCCGAAGGCACAUUAAUUCCCAGGGACGUGUUUAUUGGAUUCUUUUCAAUCACGAGGAGGAGAAUCCCAGGCGACUUCCCUGGAGGAGGUCGACUGCCGGGAGGCACAGACGUGGGGAUGACAGGGCGUUGCCUCAUCAGCCUGGGAUCAGUGUUUCCAAGCCUUGAGGCUACAGCCAGCCUCACAAAGCUCCAGGUACAGCCACCCGAGUGACAUGUGACCACCUUCUCCGCAUUCACCUAGCAUUUUGCUUCCCAAAAUAUCAGUUCCAAUUGGGCCUUUUUCACACCACUUGGCUUGAACUCCUGCUACAGACAUCCUGUCUCAGGCAGGCCUGGACAGCCAGGAAGUUCAGCCUCUGACGUGGCAGGGAGUCCUGUCCUGUCGUAGGGGGUUGAUUCAGCUUCCCAUGAAGGAAACGAAUGUUUCCUCUCUGCUCCAUCAUCCUCAGUGUUGGCUUCAUCAGGCUGGUGGAAAGAUGGCUGUAGCAGUUCCAGGCAGCGUAUCAAGACACUAGACCAUUACAGAGGAAGAAGAAAAACCUUCUUGUGGUUCAAGGAAACUUCCAGAAGCCCUUUUGUCAUAACUCAUUGCCCAGCAGUGGGUCACAUACCCAUUCUUGAGCCAGCCCCUGGCAUGUGGAGGGAGACUCUCAGGCCAGUCAGGAAGGAAGACUGAGGUUCGGGUGCUGGUGAGAUGAACAUGGGUCCACUACUGCCCCAUGGGGCAGAGGUGAGGCAGGCCUGCCUGGGCCCUGACCAGCAAGCAUCGGCCAGGUCUAGAGUCCUACGAGUCUGUGUUAGCAGUGCUUCAGGUGGGCCACUUCCCUCGGAAGGUGCACUUGGCCUUUCACGGAUUCCACCUUGAGAUGCGUAACGGAAGAGGCCUACACGGUAAGAUUCUGCAUUUGAGUUAGCUUCAGGGCACAUCCCAUUCCGACAGGGGAAUAAAUCUUUCCCAGUCUUGAUCCACACUACAGGAACUUGCCCAGUGUAAAGGGAACCAACCACUGCUUCUCUAAUCGUUUUUAUUUUGCUGAGAGAUCACACUACAGUUUGGGCCUGCUCGGCUGUCAGGAAGGACUGUGCUCAGCCAUCUACCGGGUGCUUCCGGAGAGUGGCUGAGCGAUUGUCCCUGACCUGUCCCCACAGUGGUAGCUCUCACUAGGGUGUGGUGGUCAGGCCUUUCCCCUCUUGCUGUUCAGUGUCUUCAGUCUGUGUGUGAUAGGAUUUGACUUUCUAGCUCAGUGUGGCUGAAUGAGUUCCACUUGGCUUGGGAAGGUUAUUAAAGUCUGUUCCUGAAGCAGGGUCUAAGCAGAGAAGGCUGGGCAGCCCAGACGGCGAGAUGCCAAGUGUCCUCAGAUUGAACUUAGCCUUGUCUGGCUGCUCUCGUAGGUGCAGACCACUGUUGCUCUAGUGACAGCUCCUGCCCUGCAGUUAGCUGGGCCUCCGUCCUUUCGUAAAUUAAACAACAUUGUCUUGAGUCACCUAUCCCCCUUUUUCCCCAUGUCCUGGGCCCUCCUCAAGCUGUCUGCAAGUUUCUGUGGUGUGAUUUCCCAUGUUGUUCCUCAUUUGUUGACUCCAUGUAGCACACAGCCUGUCUCCACUGGAACAAGGCGGUUUUUGGAUUUUUACUCAGAGUCUGGGAGAGAUGGGUGGGAGGUCUGGUAUUUAAGCACAGCCAAGGUCUUAGCUGAAUAUGUAACAACCCUGUUCUUGAACUUGUCGGCUGUUUCUCCCUUGGGGGUUGCUCACCGACUGACCCUCCUCCUAUGGCAAGGUCCUUCCCUCCUUAUAACUGCCUUUAUCCAGCCGUUCCCCAGACCUCGUGAUUCUUAACCACUUUUUUAUUCCUUGGGGUGAUUCCUGCUCUUUCGCCUUAGCCCACUAGGCCCCUCCCUGAGGCCACCUUUCCGUAACUAGACUGGCCCAUCAAAAGUAUUUGCCAGAUAGACACAGUUCUCCCCUUAAAAAUUGUGUGUUCAGCUCUGCAAACUUAGAACUGUUCAGGUUUGUGGUUGGAAUAAUGCCCCCGUGCCUCCCCCGCCCCAUCCAAGUCCUAAUAUUGGAACCUGUUAAUAUGUUGUGAUACAAAACAAAAGGGAGUUUAAGGUAGCAGAUGGACUUAAGUUUGCUAAUCGGCUGACCUUAAUAUGAUUAGACUGGGCCUACCCAGAUAAUCCAGGAUUAAAAGUAGAAGAGGGGACAGAAGAGUCAAGAGACUUGCAAGAAACACUCAACAAGCUGUCACUAGUUUGAAGAUGAAGGGGCCACCAGCCAAGGAAUGCAGGUGGCCUCUAGAAGCUGGAAAAGGCAAGAAAACUGAUUCUCCCCUAGAGCCUGCAGAAGGAAUACAGCCCAGCUGACACCUUCACUUUGAAGGUAAGCCCACUAGACUUCAGACCAGUAGAGCUGUAAGGUAGUAAAAUUGUGACGUUUUAAGCCACUAAGUUUGUAGUAAUUUAAAGCAGCAAUAGAAAAUUAAUACAGGCCUCAUGCAGAAGUUUUUCUCACUUUCACCUUAUUUCCUAAAAUUUUUUGAUUUUUUUUGUGUUGUUGGUCCAUCAUCCUUCAUGUAGUAGCAGUAGUAGACUUCACCUCGUGUAGGCCAUGGUCUUCAGAGACUGGCUAAUUGAUUUAGUAACAGGCUGAGGAAACCACACAAGAACAUAGAAAAUCUAAGCUUCCGCCUGGGCCAGGUAACAUAUGGUUCAGAGGCUGCUUUGGUGUAACGGAUACCUGACCGAACGUGAAAGUCCAAGUCCAGGUUAAUGGAAGAGCAUUAGGAAUUCACUGACUCAGGCUUGGGCGCUGAUGCUGUCUGAUGUGUACAGCCUCAAAGUAGAUGACUUAAAAGUGCAUAAUUUGUAAAUUUGCCGAUUGAUUUUCAUUUGAAUAGUAUAUAGUAAAAGUGGUAUAGGAAGUAAUUUUAAUGAAAAUAAUUUGUGAAAUAAAGGCCACUGGGGAACAUUUGAGCAAUACCACUGUGCUUUCUGAAUGUCUGUUAUGUUCAGUUGAGGUGCAUUCUUCAGUACACGCUGUUCCUUAACGGAGGCCGUUUUCUCGUGGGGUUCACUAUUAAGCCAGCCGGAAAAUCCAUAGCAUAUUCUUGGUCCCAAGCUAUUCAAUUAAAACAUGAGUUUAUGUAAAUUAAAAAAAAUUAUUUUAGCUACUUUUACUGUGUGAACUGUAAUCAGGCUUUUCACAGAGUAGAGGUAAAAUGUAGUCUAUCUACAUUCAGUGUAUACCUUCCAAAAGUACAGUAGUUUGGGGGCACUUUUAUUUUAUUUAUUUUUUUUUGCGGUACGUGGGCCUCUCACUGUUGUGGCCUCUCCCGUCGCGGAGCUCAGGCUCCGGACGCGCAGGCUCAGCGGCCAUGGCUCACGGGCCCAGCCGCUCCGCGGCAUGUGGGAUCUUCCCGGACCGGGGCACGAACCCGUGUCCCCUGCAUUGGCAGGCGGACUCUCAACCACUGCGCCACCAGGGAAGCCCCUGGGGGCACUUUUAAUCCACAGCUUGGAUGCAUUUUCCUGCACAAGGGGUUCUAGGCUGUGAGUCACCACCACCACCAAUACUAAUGCUCUUACUGAUUCAGAAUGUCAGUGGAAGCUCAUUAGUGGUAAUACAAGAAUGAGAUUCCACCAAACUGAUAAAAAAGUAGACAGAAUCGUAUGCUGUUUAGGGUUAUGGCUGCAAGAAAACCAGGCGGUAUGUUUAGACACGUUCUCUUCCGGAUGAGAGUCAACUGUAUUAAAUGAACAGUCAGGAACAUAAGUGUUCCUUCAGGAGGUUUAUUCAGUUACAGUAUAUUUUCCAUCGAAGCCACAGGGAAUCUCAGAUUUGACCUCGCUUUCUCCUUUAAUCCACCAGCAUAUUCUAAAUCCAGUCAAGAGCUGAUUUUGAUAUAAAGCAAAUUAGGGAAAGGGCACAGUGGGUCUGUCAAAGUGGACUGCUUUUCAAGGUUCUUUUUCCAAUUAAAAAACACCUUCCAGAAAGGAAAGAUGUUACUUGCAUUCUUCAGUUUUUCCCUAAAGGCCCAUCUGAAGGCCACCUGUGCAAAGAAACACUAAGAUGCUGUGCUCAGUGAGCAGGAGUGGAUUCGAAUGCUCUGCCAGCUCCCGCUUGUUCACUUCACUGGCAGAAUAAUCUAGUAGAGAAGCCAAUCUGUACGUGUGUAAAAAUAAAAACAAAAACGCGAAACAGGUCUUUCUGGACUUGGCACCAGAGCCCCUAGGGUCAGGUCCUCGUCUGCAGAGGGAGCCUGAGGGCCAGCUCGGUCAGAUGCCCCAUGUCUGGGUGUUUGCUUCGCUUCUUGAUGUAUUCCAGAGUUUUCACCUAGGAGGAAAGAGAAAGACUCAUCUCCUUUCUGGUUCAUAACUCAGGGCUCCAACAAAUCAGCCAUAUCGGGAGCUCUGGCUUUUUUCUUAGCAGAGAAGGGAGGGGAAGAAACCAGCAGUUUUUAAAUAAGACUCCUUAGAUUAUAGCUUGCUCUUAAAAUCACCAGGAAUGACUGGUGUUUUCAUACAUGUGGUUUUUAUUCAGAGGGAAUUAAUUCUUAAUACUACUCUGUGGUCCCUUGGUUCCGGGACCAAACUGAGGAUACUGAAUCCCUUAUAGAAAAUGGUGUAGUAUUUGCUUAUCACCUACAUACCUCCCCCUGUAUAUUUAAAUCAUCUCUAGAUGACUUAUAACACCUAAUACAAUGUAAAUGCUAUGUAAAUAGUUGCUGAUAGGUGGCAAAUUCAGGUUUUGCUUCUUGGAAGUUUCUGGAAUUUUUUCCCCCCACUGAAUAUUUUUGAUCUGUGGUUGGUUGAAUCUGAGGAUGCCAGACUUGCAGAUACGGAGAGCCAUCUGUACUUUGUAGGGCCUGGCACCUUUCUGGAAGGGGAGACUGGGGCUGUUUGAUGUCCAGGCCCUGAUGUUGUGUUGAGGCCACUUGUGCCUGGCCAGUGGGCUUGCGUCACUCGCCAGGACAGCCGUGCCUGGUGGGCGUUGUGAGGGCCCCCACUCCCCCCACCCCUCCCCUCGCCUUGCCUCGCCUCACCAUGGUCCUGGUGUCCGCACAGCCGUGCCUCUGUGCCAGGUGCCACAGGUUGACGGACAGCUGGUUGAGCCUGUUACUGCGCAGGUCCCCAUGGGCCAAGAUGCUGUUAAAGAAAGAAAGGCCCAACGAGCUCUGGCGCUUUAGGGCCUGAUACAGAAAAAAGAGGUUACUAUCUGGCACUGGGGCUCAGGCCCGGCCCAGUGUUGACGCUGCCAGGGGUUCCAAGGCCAGCUCUACCACGGAUCUUCUGGAGGGCGAGCUGCUUAACCUCCCCGGGUUACCCCAGCACUGAUAGGCCGUCUUGCAUUAAUGCAAGAACAGGAGUAAACUGAACGGUAAGAUAUGUCUCUUACAGACGUGUCCUCAAGCCACCCAAAGUUUCAGUCACUAUUCCCACCCUCUGGGUGCUGGUAAUAAAGACCAAAGACAGCUCCCCGUGAAUAAUGCUCCCCAAUGCCUGGUGCCCAUGCCCAGCUUUUAUAGGAACCAUUAGGUAUUCUUCACACCAGAUCAUUCCUCUUUUGCUCAGUGAUCUGAUGUGAAAGGUACUCUCAAACAAGUAAAGUCUAGCCAAAACGUCAGAGUAGACCAAACCUGAACCCCAGCUUUGAAUGGUAAAGACAGAAGGGAAACUAAAUCUCCAAAAUGCAACAGGCCCAGGAGAAAAGAUACCAGCUCCCCAAGGUAAACAAGGGACCUGGGAAGGCCCAAGUCAGCAGGUGGGCCUGAGCAGGGGACCAGGUCAGAUCGCACAUCUGUGUGGGUCCUGGAGAGCUGACGCCCGGACCCUGGCUGGGUGCUCUUGGCUGCUGCUGCAGACGUCAGUGCUGCCAGGAGCCUUGAGUGUCUGCUUUGCUCCUUGGCAGCUAGCGGGUAUGGGGUCCUUACACUGUGACAGGUGUGAGCUCUGUGCCUUACACAGCUCACCUUGUUUAAUCUUCACAACUCUCUGUAGGUAGGAUUUUAGAGCUGGAUCCCAACUCAUGGUUAUCCAAACACUAAUCUAGGUGCUACUGUGAAGGGACUUUGCAGGUGUGAUUAAGGUUAUGGACCUUAGGGAGAUAAUCCUGGAUUAUCUGGGUGGGCCCAAUCUAAUCACUUGAGCCCUAAAAAGCAGAGAAAUUUUUCAGGCUAGAGUCAGAGACAGGUAGCAGAAGAGGAAAGCAAAGGAAAGGUGACGCAGAAGGGGAGACCAGAAAGAUUUGAAGCAUGAGAAGGACACGACCCACCACUGCUGGCUUUCAAGAUGGUAGAAGGGGGCCAAGAGCUAAGAAGUGCAGGCGGCUUCUAGAAUCUGAGAAGAGCCCUCAGCCAACAGCCAGCAAGGAAACAGGACCUCAGUCCUACACCGGAUGGAACUGCAGUGGCCAACUCAAGUAAGCUGGGAGGUGGAUUUUUCCCAGUGCCUCCUGGUAAGAGCCCAGCCACUCAACACCUUGAUUUUGGCUUUGUGAAACCAGGAGCAGAGAAACUGGCCCAGCGGGCACCAACUUCUGACUUACCAAACUGGUGAGAUUAUAAAUGGGGGUUGUUUUAAGUUUGUGGUGACUUAAAGCUGUAAUAGGAAACCAGUACGCUCCCAUUUUGCUGAUGAGGUCAGAAAGCUUCAGGAACUUGCUCAAGGACCACAGCCAGCAAGUGCAGAGUGAGGAUUUGAGCUCCGGUCGUCCAGUUCUGGAGCCUGUGCUGGUACCUACACCCUCCCAUGUCUGCCCCGGUUUAUAAGAUGCUCCCAUAGACCCAUGGUUAACAUCACAUUAGGCAUCCAAAUUCUGAAGAAGCUAACAGAUUUGCCCAGUGCAGCUACACAGUUUUAUCCAGGGAAAUAGGAACGAUUUGAUGUGGCUUAGACCAAUACAUAUUUUUUUUCCUGCUUUUUUCAAACAACCUACUAACUGUCCAUCUGUCCAUGCAUCCUUCCAUGUGUGGAGCCCAUAGAGCAGCAGACUACGCUAACUGCGGAGCCAACUUUGUUACCCCCUCCUGCUGCCCUCUCCCAAGUGAGGAUUUAAAGUCUUCUGGUGGAGAAAAAAACAAUGCAAUAAAACUGCCAAGGAGCAGCUAAGAAUGCAGUUGGGUGACAGUGGCUUUGUGACGACAGUGAAGAGACUCAAGCCCCCUAAACUGAGCCUGCCUGGACAACGGUCUGGACCAGGUGACCAUCACAGAAGCAGCUGAGCCGACCGAACAGCACUGCUGUCAAGGAGCGGGGUCACGCUGUCGGGUCCCAAGCCUGCAGGCACAAGGAGGGAAGGCUGGUAGACUCUAACUGGCUGGCAACUUCCUGCUUUGGGUUCCUUUGUUUAAUCAGACAGUGAGCUCUGCCCCAGUCGGGAACGCGGCAGAGACCAUCCAGUGGGUUCCAGCCCAUCCUGCGCGCCUUUUCAACUGGCUCUCAUCUGAUGCCUGGGCCCUGGUUUCUGCUCAGACCUAGAGGACCAAGCUAACAGAAAACUCUCAAAUCCAACUAUAAGAGUCUCCCGAGAGAGGCCCUUUAACUACAUUUCUUUGAAGCAAGGGAGAAUUUUUAGAAGUCAAACAAGUAAGACAGUAUCUUACUGGUUACUUCUCUAUGCUGUAUCUUCUCAAGCAUUUUACUCUAAAAGCCCAGUCCGCACGUGUUUUAAAUGCACAGCCCAUUAAAACGAGAUCGUUAGAGACGGGUCUGGGGCGGGCAGGCCGAGCAGGCGGCAUGCAGAGACCCAGGAAACUGAACACACGAGAGACCAAACCAGGGCCUCCAGCCCCUCCCCUCCCUACAGAGGCUUUAAAUAGAAGAGCUGCUUUUGUUUCUUUUCCUAGGGGAAUUGUCAUUUGCAGGAAGUUGUAACCGUCUGGCAUGGUUCCCAGCCUCACCACACCCAAACAAACAGCUUCAUAAAGCUGGUGACUAGGGCAGGGCUGGCUCCUUCUCAUGCAUGUAGAGGACAGUUUUGGAAGCAGGGCUGACACCAGCGCUGAGAGAUGAGACACUCAGCUCGGGCACCAGCGCUGGGCUUUCACAGCGCCCAGCUUGGCUCCACAGCAGGUGGAGAGAGGUCUGAGUGCUCCGGGUCUAGAGGCCUCCCCUCCCAGGGCCGCCUGUGCCGAACCUCACAGCAUGCUGUUAAAGUGAAGGAUGACACGUUCCAUCUUAGCUCAGUCCACCCAUAUUUUUUCUAAUAAAUGUGCAUAUAUGGGCAGACAUUUUCAGUGAGAGUCUCUGGUAUUUAUGUGAGUUGAAAUGUACUUCAGAAACUUUCCAGCCCUGCUAUUCUUUCAGAAUUAUUUCAGAGUCCUUAUCACAGUCAAUGCCUCCUCCCCGAAGAGAAAGAGACAAAUGUUAAAACAGUUCCAAAUUAUAUGGUUCUGGGCUCUAUUUUUGUUGUGAGCCUGGAGGUCCUAGACUGUGGUCGUUUAUGCUGUCAGCAGCCACCUCUGAUUAGACCCAGCCUGUUGAGUCAGAGUGAAGAAAUGCAUUUUCAAGCCCCGGGGCACAUGUUUCUUGGGCAUGACGUGUCAAACACACAGCCCUGCUCUGGCAAGAAGCUAGAGCCAGAGCCUUGGCUGUAGGGAUCAGGGAAGGUGCUAAGAAUCCUUCACAGCAGGGGAGUGACCAGUGCAAGCUGAAGGUGAAGGACUCCAUUUCUCCUGCAGCGUAAUGAGGGCUCUCUCCUGAAGGCUGCCUACCGCACAGAGACGAAGUUUACAGGCUUUCGAAAAAGGCCUUUCAGUUGGAGGAGGGGUGAUCUCUUCUAGCACUAACGGGUUUGAUAAACCAGUUCCUGAAGAAAUUGGGGUUCUGAUGCUGCCCCCUCCACUGACAGCCAGUGCCCUCCAAGCAUUAACUCCCCAGCAUUCUACAGCCCUGCAGCCAGGGGGCCCCAGGGUCAGUGGGACCCACCCACAAUCCUCCCUCCCUAGAGAGGGCGCUGGGAGGCACUUGGGGCCCCCAGGGCAGCAGUGGUUCUGUGUUUUCCAUCUGCCUUUUGGCCUGCUAACCUUAAGGCUGGCCCUGUGUGCCGUGCCCCUGACCUCCGCAGUGGCCACUGGGGAAUGGAGUCUGGAAAAAAUGCCGCUCUCUCCAGGACCUGCUUGAAUACCCUGGGGAGAAUGGGAACGCGGGACAUACAUGUAUGUUGCGUGUGUGUGUGUGUGUGUGUGUGUGCAUGCAUGCGCACCCACAGCUAUAGAAUAUUC